AUGACAUCGAACUCAUGGCCGCAGCUUCUGGCCUUCAAGCUGACCUCUCCACCAGCUGACCCUGGGAGUCCAAAGUGGAUCUUCAGCUGUGACGAGGAGAUAGAGCAUCGCUAUGAAAUCGUUCCCUCUGUGGUCUGCUCCAUGUGCUGCCUCUUCGGCAUCAUAUACUGCUUCUUUGGUUACCGUUGCUUCAAGGCUGUGAUGUUCCUAACAGGCUUGAUGUUUGGCUCCGUCAUCAUCUUUCUGCUGUGUUAUAAAGAGCGUGUCCUGGACACCCAGCUGAGUGUGGAGGCCUCGGUGGGCAUCGGCCUGGGCAUCGGUACCCUCUGUGGCCUGGUCACCAUGCUGGUACGCUCCGUGGGACUCUUCAUGGUGGGGCUGUUGCUGGGAUUACUGCUGGGCAUCGCCUCACUUGUGGUAAUGGAGGAGUUCCACCACCCGCGGACGGUGUGGGUGCCCCUGGGGGUGUUGCUGGGGUCAGGCAUGCUGUUCGCCGUCCUCACCCUCCAAUGGCAGCGCUUCUUCACCACCCUCUCCACCGCUGUGUUCGGCUCGGCUGUCAUCACCGUCACUGUGGACUACUUCCUCGAGCUGUUCGCUCUGGUCAGAUACAUGUCGGAGAGGAUCACGGUGGCUCCGCCCCAUCCUGUCUGCUGGUUCACCUGGGUCGUCAUGGGGGUCUGGCCUGUCCUGGCACUGCUGGGGGUCCUCAUCCAAUGGAAGGUCACCGCCGAGGGAUAUUCACACACUGAGGUGGUUCUCAGUCAACAACAGCGGAGGGUCCAGUUGAUUAGGAUCCACCAGAAGGAAGAGAGGAUGCAGAAAGAAGUGAGGAAGAAGAAGAAGAGACAGAAGCAGUACCACCACCCUCCUCCAUUUACCACCACCACUAACAAACCCCUCCUCCCUGAGCCUAUCACCUACCACAGGAAACCAAACCACACUCUACGCUUCGAUGGGGAUGUGCUGUCUCCUAGUUACAUCGCUAGUUUCCGGGACAGACAAGUGGACAGACAGGGAUACCCUCACCACGGCAGGCCCAUCGCCAGACACUACAUAGCUGACCGAGACUACGACUGUGGAUCCCAAGUACCCCUGACCGCCCCCAAUGGACCGGCUGUACGGGUGUGACAAUGACAAUGACCCAUAGUGUUCUGGAGUGGUGCUGUCGGUCCAUUCAAUGUCCAGAAAAGAUCUUCAGUGUCUGGAUUGAACGUUAGUCUCUGGACCGAUUUUUAUUCUGAGGUGCGUAUAGAUGUUGAUGCAGUCCCUUCCCUUCUCUUUCGUUCCACCCUGAAGCAAUCAGUGUUCAGAUUGAGAUUGACCUUUGAACCCUGGACUGAUUUAUUGAAAGGCUGUUGAUGUCUUCCUUCCUCUUCCAUUCCGUCCUUUAGUCUGUGGUUUUACUUGGGCUGUGUAACAUAUAAACCCUGCUGGGGUUCCUACGUCUCAGCUCUUAAGGGUGCAAGAAAGCACUGACUGAAGUCUUCAAGACGUCUAUUUUUGAAGUGUUACAAUUUCCCGGAAUACCCGCAAGUCAUUUUUGGGGCCCCCCAAACAUUUUUGGGAGGUAGUUUAGUUUUUGGUACAAAAAAAAGACUGUAAAAUCACCAGGAAUUCAACAAAACAUUUGUUUAAUUUAGGAAAUAUGUUCAUAAGUAUC